AUGACCUGGUACAGGAAUCUCCCUCCCAACUCCAUCAAGUCUUGGGCCGAGCUCAAGGAACCCUUUCUGAGUCACUUCACUGCUUCCCGCCGUCAACCGAAAUCAGAGGCAAACCUCGAAGCUGUAGUCCAAGGGACCAACGAGCCUCUCCGAGACUACCUCGACAGAUUCAACAAGGAGGCCGUCCAAGUGGAGACAACCGACUACAUGAAAAGGUAUCUCCUCGAGCGAGGGCUCCUCCCCGGCAGCGAAUUUAGGAAAGCGAUAAAGAUCGAAAAAAUGCGAUCUAUGAACGCCAUCUUGAAAAGGGCGCAGGCUUUCAUCUCCUUCGAGGAAGGCGAAGCGGCCGCAGUCAAAGCAUCAAGGGGAAAUGGCGUUACUCGGAGCUCGAGCCAAGACCCGUCCGCCGCGCCCCGAGCAAACGACAGAAAGAGGGACGACAGGUCCCGCGACACAAAGGAGCGCAGAGGGCCAGCAGGGCGCUUCAACGACUAUACCCCCCUGAAAGUUUCACGGGAGAAGAUCCUGGCCGAGUGCAUAAACGCCGAGUUCAGAAACUCCAACAUCAGGCCCCCGAAGCCGAAUCCCUCCCGGCCGGGGACCGACAAGUCCAAAUACUGCAAGUAUCACAAGAGCCACGGGCACCUGACGGACGAGUGCAUACACCUGAAGGACACCAUCGAGACACUGAUCAAAGAGGGUCACCUUUCUAAGUACACAAAGAGAGGAGACCCUCCCAGAAGGAAUGACCGUCGGAGCUCCGACGAGGGCAACUCACCGAAUGCCAGGCCGCUGCAGGUGGCAUUAUCCGUCACCCGACCAGAAGACUUCAUACCCUCGGUCGGAGUGACAUCUGCCCUCAGCGUCUGGGAAGGGUUCCCGACAGCAAUGCUGAUAUACAACGGCGGGGACCCUGGCUCCCUCACAAUCGGCUCCGUGAAAAGGAAGUUCGACGAGUUGAUCAGCGCCACCACGGACCUGACCCCGACCCUGAGGAGGUUCAAAGGGAGGUCAGAACCGAUCACUUUCUACUUGGAGGAGCUACCCGGCGGCGCUCCGAACGCCACAAUCCCACUGCUCCUGGACGACUCACAUCUCACUCCUUACGUGGGAUCCGACCUCCAAGGAUUCAACGGGAUAACCACGAAGCCGUGGGGUUACGUCGAACUGCUCGUCUCCUUCGGGGAGGGGGAAGCCUCCAGGCAAGUCAAGACACGGUUCUUGGUGAUAGACUGCAAGACCCUCUACAACUGCAUCAUCGGGCGCCCCACUCUGGCAGAACUCACUGCCGUCCCCUCAACCGUUCACUUGAAGAUGAAGUUCUAUACGAAGAGAGGACGAGUAGUCACUGUCAAUGCCGACAUCGAAGCUGCUAGGAGGAUAUUCGACGCAUCAGUAAAGGGACUGGAGCUGAUCUCCCCACCCUCCAGCUCCAACAAAAAACCAAGGGCUGAAGACAAAUCCCCUCCUGAAGAUCGGCAGACGACAACAGACGUCAGCUCAGUCGACCUCGACGCUCGUUUCACAGAAGAGGAGCUGAAGAAUGGCGAAGAACCGCAGCCGAAGACAGCUCACCCUAUCCGGCCCAUUCCAGACGGGGAAUUCGAGCUCGUUCCUCUGGGUGACAACCCCGACAAGGCUGUGAAGAUCGGCAAGAACAUCCCGGAUACACCGAGGAAGCAGCUCAUAGCUUACCUGAGGAACAACGCCGACUUUCAGCGCGACCUUAAUCCGAGAAACGGAAGACGGACAGAAGCCCGUAUACUUCACGAGCAAAGCCCUGCAAGGGCCCGAGGCCCGAUAUCAGCAGAUAGAGAAAGUUGCGUUGGCCCUAAUAACGGCCGCGAGGAGGCUGAGAUACUAUUUCCUCGCCCACACCAUUGUCGUCCGGACAGACCAACCCAUUAA